AUGAUCUUAAAGAGCCGAAUUCUUACGAUCCGACCUGUUUCUAUAGGGGAUCGUCUUCUAGACAUCCCUUGUAAGGUUUGUGGUGACAGGAGUUCCGGCAAACACUACGGAAUCUAUUCCUGCGACGGUUGUUCGGGGUUUUUCAAGCGAAGCAUCCACAAGAGCCGAGUGUAUACCUGCAAGGCACAGGGCGACGCCAAAGGGAAGUGUCCCAUCGACAAGACUCAUCGGAAUCAGUGUCGGGCCUGUCGACUGCAGAAGUGCUUCCGGGCAGAGAUGAACCGAGAUGCGGUGCAGCACGAGAGAGGGCCGAGGAAGCCAAAGGGGAAUAAAGAAGGAUCAUCCAUGUUGAACCGGUUGUCUCUGGAUGGAGUUCCCCGGCUCCCACCCAUCCUUCUCCCACCUCCUCCCCCUCCAGUCACUGCAUCCACUCUAAUCUUUCAACCUCCCUCUCUUCUACAGAUACUCCUCGCCGCCGAAAAAUAUCAGUUUCGCCUAGUGGAGGAAAGCUGGAAGGACCUGUUCCUCCUUCACCUAGUUCAAUGGUCUCACUCCCUUGACUUGACAUCGCUCCUAUCCACUUACAAACUCCAGUUGAAGCCACAACCAGGUGAUGAGCAUGCUUUCCAACGGGAUCACCACAUCAUGCAGGUCCAUUCCACUCUUCUUCCUCCGUUCUAUUGCACUUUAUCAUCCGACAAGCUUGAAUAGACGUACGGGCUCUGCGACGGGAAUGCGGUAGAGAUGCUGCAGGACCAGAUUCAGUACCUGCUGAACGACUACACACGACAUCGAGUGCAGAGGCAGAUGACGCGAUUCGGGCGACUGCUACUUCUCUUACCCUGUUUACGGGAAAUCCCAGGUUCAACUGUUGAGCAACUUUUCUUCCGGGAAACCGUCGGGGACAUCCCUAUCAGCCGACUCAUCAAGGACAUGAUCCAAGCCGAUCGCAAUUGA